ACUUACACAACACCAACCUCAGACCACACAUCAUGUAGCCACUGCGUAAGAACUGGGAGGCAACUGGUUCAAUGUGCAUGUGAUGGCUUUGCAGGCAGUCUACGAGGCUGUUCGUGCCACACAGACAGCCCGCAGUACAACAAUCGACCCCAACUUGGAUCUGAGUGAGGUCACAAUACAACAAGUCGAUGAGUUCCUACGCCACCACGGCGAAAAGGAUAGGCCAGGCGCUCUACUGACGGCAUUGGCCGUGCUUGAAGCUCGUCCAGACCUUGUCCAUGACCAGUCUUCACGAGAGCCUCUCGCGGGAAUCAUCAACACCAUUGCACAGCUUAUGACGCCGACAUUAACAAUCACGCAAGAUGGUGACACUGCCGACUACCAGAAUGUGCGCCAAUCAGCAAGCAUUGGCAUCGAUUUGGUACAUCUGAUCACGUCACAAGACGAUGUCGAACUGUCCGCUGCAGCCACCGUUGCUUUAAUAGCAUAUACCGACGCGACGGUGCAGUGGUCGGAUCCUGAUCUUGCAGAAUCUGCACAAGAAGUCUUAGACGCUCACUUUGACCAUGGGAAUACCAGUGUCCAACAAUUCAUCCUGGAGGAUGUUCUACACGCUUUCAUUCGCCCAUUGUUCUCAAAAUCCCGACCCGCAACAGUGACUGCGUCCGGACGCAAAGCCGAAUUUGUGCAGACAAGUCGUUACGAUACCUUCAAUGCCGACGCAGAGGCGAACAAGCCCUGGAAAUACCAGAGCCGAUACGCAAUCACCGUAUUUGCAUGGACUGUCGACCACGCCGACCGCGAAACAAUUCAGAAGAAUUGGCAUCAGUUCACACCAGUCUUACUCACUCUUCUAGAUGAGACGGACACACCGUUAAAACUCAAAUCUCUUGACAUCUUCAAGGCCUUUUGGUCCAAGUGUCCUCCAGAUCUGAUGCAACAAACUGGCCUCGCGCAAGUCUUUGAAGACGCCAUAUUCCCUGCUGUGCUAUAUCUCCCCAGCCUGACCCCUGAGGACGAGUCCGUACAGGUGCUUAACGCCACAUACUCGGCUCUGUUCGCUAUAGCUGGCAUUGACGCAGAUUACAACACGUCAAAACCACAAAGUGAUCCCAAGUUCAGCGACAAGCAGCGCAAGCUGGUCCACAAGAUUGUCCGCGAGGGCAUUCUGACCGCAUACCAGCACUCAAGCGAGUACAUCCGCAUUGUUGAAGUCUUGUGCAAGCAAUUACAACUUGUUGUGAAUGGGAUGGGGAUUUUCGCUGUGAAGCACUUGAAGGAUGCCAUCCCAAUGCUGUCUGCCAUUAUCUCCGAUCCUUUCGCCACAGUCCAUCCGGCCUCUCUGAUCGCCGCGCUUGACGCCCUGCGCGCAGUGCAAAACACAUGCUGGCCGCGCGUCCCCAACUAUGCGAAUAACAUUAUCAAAAUGCUCAUGCUGUGCUGGCUGCGGAUAGAAGAGGAUGAGCAUUCAAACAACAGCGAUGGGCAGGACAACCCAGAGAAAGACGACCAACACCGGGGGGCGCCAAAUACGGUCAUGUUGGAAGCUUCAGUUAUCAAAGAGAAGCUGAAACAUAACGCACGCAUGUUAGACGCAAUACUGACCACAUCACAAGAAGAACAUCAAAACUCAGAUCCAGUAAGCGGCAAUGGGGAGAAGAUUGAAGAGAGCCGCCGGAGUGUCGGUGGUGGGACAUUAUCAGAGCGUGUGCGGCCACUUGUCGAGAAGCACAGGUCUCUCGGGGAGUUGUUUGGUCCUUGAGCAUCCGGUGUCAACCGUUGCGGCACGUAUCGUUAGAGGCUUCAAGCGUUUUGUGGGAAUGUGAAAUCAUGUAUCAAAGAGCAGCGGCAAAUAUCCAAAGGAAUCGUACGAGGUUGUCCUACCAAGAAUAAACUGCGCAUUAUCGCUCUGCCCC